CCGAGAUCUCGGGGGGUUGGCCGGGUUGGUUCCAAGUCCAAUGCUCGCAAAUCCCAAAAUAGGACUCGCCGGAAAUUCCUUAGAACAUGCCCCAACCCAAUUUAAGAGGUACCAUUCUGAUUCUAUCUAAAAUUCCUUGAUUGCCAAGCGUCUCUUUCAGUUCUCAUCAGAAAUCGGAUCUUGCCUUCUCUCUGUCCCCGGCCUCCCAACUUAGCUCAAGCAUAGGAGAAAACUUCCCCGAGGUUACUCACUUCACUCUGACAUUUUUCCUCCGAUUCAGUAGAAAAACUGUCCGUUUGAUCACGGUGAUGUACAUGUUGGGAAUUUGAAGUAGUUAUACGUGUCUUAUUUGCUACCUCCAUCUAUGUUUGGAGGUCCUGUUUCUGUUCCUACCAAUAGUCCGCAUUUACGGAAGUCUGGUAGCAGACCAGUUGUUUAUGAUCUUGGUACAAGUGAGUUAGGAAAUAGUGCUGAAGGAGAUUUCUUGCUGCCAAUAGAGACGAAUGAGAUGAAGGGUGUUAGCACACCAUUGAGCACCGCUGCAAUCUUGCCAUCUCCUAUUCUGCUUUGGAGAUUCAAGGUAAUAUUAUUUUUCAUCUGGGGUUUCAUUUGCUGCAAGAUUGGAUGGGAUUCGGUCAUGAGAAUGAGUGCAGACCUCCGGGACUUAUUCUUGUAUGAGGCUUUUUUGUACUAUAAUCCUCUUCUUCUUGUGACAAUGACAGUUUGGCUUUGGGGAGUCAACUUAUGGGUUUUUCAGCAUUCUAAUGUCAAUUACGCUAAAAUUUUUGACCUCGACCAGAAUCAUCUCACACAUAAAGAAAUAUGGAAGUGUGCCACCUGGAUGACAAUCAUUGUCCCAACUAGCAUGACUUCAUAUUUAUAUCUGUACUCUCAUGGAGAGGUUGCAUUAGCUGCGUUUCAACCAGUGCUAUUAUAUGCUGCUGUUGCAAUGGCCCUUUUGUCUCCCUUUGAUCUAUUCUUUUUGUCAUCACGCUACUUUCUGUUGAGAACUCUUUGGCGAAUAGUUUUCCCAUUGCAGGCAAUAUCAUUUGCUGACUUCUUUUUGGCUGAUAUAUUAACCUCCAUGUCAAAGGUGUUUUCAGAUUUGGAGCGUUCAGUUUGUCGGAUGGUUCAUCGACAGGUUGCCACAAUUGCAUGGUUUGAAGCUGAUUCUGUUUGUGGCAGUCAUUCUGUUGCAAUUCCCAUAGUUCUCGUUUUGCCUUACCUUUUUCGUCUCUUUCAAUGUCUUCGGCAAUAUAAAGAUACUAAGGAAAAAACUUCCUUGUUCAAUGCUUUAAAGUAUUCGACGGCAGUACCAGUAAUCUUUGUUUCAGCCCUCAAGUAUCACGUCUUUCCUGAUAAGUGGAUGAAUGUAUACCGACCUCUAUGGCUUCUUUCUGGUGUUUUAAACUCUUUGUAUUCUUUUUACUGGGACGUGACCCGAGAUUGGGACUUGAGUUCUUUCACUCGGAUUUUCAUGUUCAGCAAACCCCAUCUCAUGUCCCACUUGUUAUACGGACGGAAAUGGGUAUACUUCUGGGUAAUUGGAAGCAAUCUCAUCCUGAGAUGCACAUGGACAUACAAGCUGUCUGCUCAUCUCCGCCAUAAUUACAUCACCGUGUUUACAAUCACUGCCCUGGAGAUUGUUCGCCGUUUCCAAUGGGUCUUCUUUCGUGUAGAGAAUGAGUGGAACAAAAUGAAUUCUAAGUCAAAUAUUGAGCUGUCUAUGUCUGAACUGCCAAAUGAGGAAGAGAGAUUGCUCAACUCUAACGGUCACAAUGUAUGAGUUUCUGAAUAGAUCGAUCUUUUGCAGCAGUAUGAAGAUAAUCAACACCAUCAUAUUUUGCAUGGAAGAGUUCGUCUGUUGCAUUCUUUCACGGCCAUAAACUCGAGAAAUGGAUUUUUGUUCAUAAUAUAGCAAGUUUUUGAUGAUGACAGUUCCUGCAGCUGUACAAAACAUAUCACUGUUCUUUCGAUGAUUA